AUGAUAACUUAGGAAGGGAAAAGAGAAUUAGGAGAAUUGUCUAUUUAGUUAGAAAAAAAUACUUUUAAGUAAGGAGAAAAGGUGCAAGGUACACUUAAGCUUAUUUUAAAUGAAAAGUAUAAUGGAGAGGUCAUUUAUUUAUUGUUACUCGGGAAAGUGUUUGCAAAAACUUAUCGCCAUCAGUUAAAUGAGAAAACAUAAAAAUGGGAUGAUAUCAAUGUCAAAGAGGAUUCAAAGAGUUUUAUCUGUUAAAGAUAUGAACUUUUUUCAUUCAAAAAAAACUUAAAUUCUGAUGGAAGCAAUCCUAUUACAAGUGUUGAAAACGAAGGAGAUUUAAUGAUCAAUCCUGGAUAAUAUCAAAUAAGUUUUCACUUUUAAUUACCGGACUCUCUAGAGUACUCAUCAACUGCUUGUAAAGGAGCAUACGGUAUCUCAAAAGAUGUUUCUGAUCAUUAUGAUUUUCAUGUUAAGUAUUUUAUAGAAGUAUUUUUGCCAACUAAAGACACAACUUGUACUCCUAUCAGUGAUAAAUUUAACAUAACGAUUAUUGGAAACGAUGUCAUUCAUAGGUAAAAGUCAGAUAAUAAAUCUUAUAAGAAAGAAAGUAGCAUAUCAAGCAGUAGUGGCUGCUUUUGUUUUUCAUCAGAUUCAUAUAUAAUAAGAACUUUAUCUGAAAAAAUGUGUUAUUAAUCUUAGCAAAAGAUUAGCGUAAACCUUGAAAUAGACGGUGCUGGAAAUAGCAAGCCAAUUAACAAAGUAGCAUAUGAAUUUAAGAGACUAUUAAUUUUUAAAAAUGGUUACUAGUGCUCCAAAGAGUUAAAAACAGGUGAAUCCUCAAUAAAAUUUGUAAACUAAAAGGCCAACCAAGUCUUUGAAUGUAAUUUACCAAUAGCUUUAGCCCUCUCACACCACUCUAAUCUUGUGGAUUUAAAAUAUGUUGCAGAAUUUAAAUUCUACUCAGGAAAUACUUUGCUAGAUAUUCAUCAACACGAUUUCUAUCUUGAGCCGAACGUUGCAUUAGAAAGAUGGGAGGAAAAAAACGUAAAUGAUAAUAAUGAAGGGGAUAGCAAUGAAGACCCUUAAGUUAAUAUCUUAAGAGCUAAUUCAAAUAUUAAUUGGUAAAAAUGCAAGAGCACAGUUGAUUAUUAUUACACAAAUUUAGAUCACUUUAGAAAAAUACCAACAAUUCAGAAUUCUGUAAAUGUACAAUGA